AUGCUCCCCGCUCCAGCUCUCCAUCCCGCCACUCAGCACUCCAGCUCACCGUUCCCUGACUCUACACUCCCUCAGUACCCUCGCUCACCUCCUGUCAGCUCCAUGCGGGCCGCCUGUUUCAUCAACAGCGCCACACUACUGGCCUGCCCCGCGUCCCGUCAGCUCAAUGCUGUCUGCCUGCUUCGUGGGCAGUUAGUUUACUUGGAUAGUGAGUCUCUGGCCCUGGAGUCAGAAGGGGAUGUUGUAAUUGGAGGGGUUUUCCCCCUGCAUUAUGUGACCCCUGAGCAACAGCACAACUUCUCCAGCAAACCCCCUCUCACACCUUGCAGCGGCUUUGACUACAGAGCUUUUCGCUGGAUGAUGACCAUGGUGUUUACAGUGGAGGAAAUUAACCGUAAUUCAAGACUGUUACCAGGUGUUAAACUAGGCUACAGGAUCAUGGACAGUUGUGACCAUGUCUAUACAAGCCUGCAAGCUAUUUUCUCAUUAGAGAGAAUAGAUAUGAGUACACAACCUGAAGUUGUACCCUCUUGUCUGGCUGGUUCUCCUGUGCCUGCUGUGAUUGGCCUUGCAUCCUCUUCCCCUACAAGAGCUAUAGCUCACACUCUUGGCUCCUUCAGCAUCCCACUGGUGAGUUAUUUUGCCACUUGUACCUGUUUAAGUGACAAACAUAUGUACCCAUCAUUCUUACGAACUGUGCCGAGUGAUAUCUUUCAAGUUAGAGGUAUUGUACAGCUGGUCACCUUCUUAGGCUGGUUCUGGGUGGGCACAGUAGGAACCAUGGAUGACUACAGUCACUAUGGAAUCCAAGCAUUCUCUAAUCAGUUUAGACAGCAAGGUGGGUGUGUAGCAUUUCAUGCGACUAUCCCCAAAUCACCCACAGUGGCUGAGAUACAAGAAAUGGCAGACAGGCUGCAGAGUUCACCUGCAAAGGUAGUAGUGGCCUUUGCUACAGAGGGACAGCUGCUAGAUCUGUUUUUCGAAUUGGCUCUGAGAAAUGUGACAGGGAUCCAGUGGGUAGCUAGUGAAGCCUGGGUGACCGCGAGACUGCUGACCUCUCCCCACUUUCAUCAUCUCCUAGAGGGCACACUGGGCUUCGCCUUCCCUGGAGUCUGGCUCCCUGGCUUGGAAGAGUUCCUGUUGAAUGUUCGCCCCUCUCUAGAACCUGGUAUGGAAUUUGUCAGCAUGUUCUGGGAAGAGCUAUUUGGAUGUCGGCUAGAGUUUGGAGAAAUCAGAUUCAAAGAAAAUGAGGCAGAAAGACCUGUAUGCACAGGUUCAGAGGACCUGAGGUUCACUCACACUAGUUAUACUGAUGUAUCUCCAGUCAGAAUAUCCUAUAAUGUGUAUAAAGCUGUAUAUGCCAUCGCCCAUGCGCUGCACACUUUAAUGAACUGCGAUUCUGCAGGAUUUAAAAGAUUGUGUGAGAAACAUAAAACAUUUACUUCUAGGCAGUUGCUGGAUCAUCUGAAGACAGUAAAUUUCACCAACCAGUUUGAUGAGAAAGUAUAUUUUGAUUCCAGUGGAGAGCCAGUCCCUCUCUAUGACAUCAUUAGCUGGCAGAAGGACAGCAAGGGUGAAAUUAGAUUUAUCAAAGUGGGAAGCUAUGAUGGUUCAGCUUUAUUGGGACAGCAGUUACAGAUGGAUCUCAAAACCAUCAUAUGGACCAAAGGACAGUUGGAGGUGCCUGUAUCUCAGUGCAGUGAUCCAUGCCCCCCUGGCAGCAGGCAGGCCAGACGUCUAAGACAGCCUUCUUGCUGCUUUGAUUGUUUACCCUGUGCUGAUGGAGAGAUCAGCAACCACACUGGUUCUAAUGAGUGCAGAAAAUGUCCUGAGUACUACUGGUCAGACAACGACAAGGUCAAAUGCAUUGCUGGGGUUGAAGAAUUCCUCUCUUUCUCUGACACCAUGGGCAUCAUCCUAGUUGGACUCACAUUGCUGGGUGUUGUUUUAACAACCUUCAUCACCACAGUCUUUCAUCAUUUCCGUUCUACACCCAUCGUCAAGGCCAACAAUUCGGAAAUAAGUUUCUUGCUUCUAUUGUCACUCAAGCUAUGUUUCUUGUGUUCCCUGGUGUUUAUUGGCCAGCCAUCUGUGUGGAAAUGCUGGCUCUGCCAGGCAGCAUUUGGGAUUAGUUUUGUCCUCUGUCUGUCUUGCCUGCUUGUUAAGACUAUUGUAGUUCUCCUGGCCUUCUGGACUAAUGUACCUGGUUCCAGGGCUCUGAAGCAGUUUGGUCCUUCUCAACAAAGGACUCUGAUUCUGUGCACCACAGCUCCACAGGUUUGUCUUUGUGCUUGUUGGCUCUUGCUUGCACCCCCUUUCCCAUUCAGGAACCCAACUUAUCAACCCUCAACUGGAAAGAUUAUUGUGGAGUGUAAGGACCCAUGGCCUCCUGGAUUUUACCUGGUUCUGGGCUACAUUGGCCUGCUUGCCUUCUUGUGCCUCCUCCUGGCAUUCCUUGGACGUAAGCUACCUGAUACAUUCAAUGAAGCAAAGCUCAUAACCUUCAGCAUGCUCAUCUUCUGUGCUGUAUGGAUCUCUUUCAUCCCAGCUUAUGUCAGUUCUCCUGGGAAGUUUACUGUGGCUGUGGAAAUAUUUGCUAUAUUAGCCUCCAGUUUUGGACUGUUACUGUGCAUUUUUGUACCAAAAUGUUUCAUCAUUUUACUACAACCUGAAAGAAACAUUAAAAGGGGAAUGACUGGAAAAUAUCCCAGAUAA